GAGGCGAGCACGAGCAGAUGAAAAUAUUGAAAAUGAAAUUGAAAUGUGAUAAAGUUUGUGCCUGAUUUAUUGUAUCAUUUGUAUGUUUUUACUAAUAUGAAUGAAAUACUUAACUAAUAAUUUAAAUGAACUAUACUUGUCCAUCAUAUAAUAUUCUAUGAACUUUGCAAACAAAUUUCAAGGCAGAUAUGAUAGAUUCGACACUUAAGAAAUGGCUAUAAGUUACAUUCCCCGUGUGACACAGUUGGACGCGGGCGAGUUAGAUGAGCAGCUGGAAGAGCUGCUUAAACAACAAUUAUUUAAUGCUACAAAAUAUUUAGAGCCAGGUAUUCUGCAGCCAGUACUACCUGAAUUAGAACUACUUCUCCGAACAUGGAUAUUCAAAUAUUCAGUCUAUGACAACAAAUGCACUUUCGGACAAAAAAUGCUUUCGUUGAAAUAUAACACAAAUAACUUCUCCAAGUCCAAACUUUACUGGUAUUAUGGGUACACAAUUGCAUUAAAAUAUUUAAAAGAUAGAGCUAUAUAUAGUUGGACUUCUAAUACUAAAGUACAGAAUUUUGUACAGCAGUUAGAAACAUUUCAGUUACUUGGAGACAUUUUAAAUUUUCUAAGGUUUAUAAGAAGUGGCAAAUAUCCAGUGCUCGUAGAUUUUAUUUUGGGUUUGGAGUUGACGGCGGAUAAGCUCACAAGAGAGGAUCUGACUGAUUUGUCAUGGACACGAGAACUUCUAUGGCAUAAUUUUAUUGAACUAAUAGGCACCAUCAUAUCUUUGAUGAACAUAUUUGGUCUCGGAAGACGGCUCAGCAACAUAUUGAAGUAUAUGUGGUGGCAUGUGAAGCCAGUGUUAAAGCCAGGGCCACCCCUUAUGACCCACCUCACUGUAUGUGCCUGUUGCUCUACCAGACCGGUUUUACCCCAUACCAUGGGCUGCUCACAUAUCUUCUGCUAUUAUUGCCUUUCGACCAAUAGAAUGCUAGAUCCAGACUUUGCAUGUCCUAAGUGCUUUUAUAUAGGAAAGGAGAUAAAUAGAUUUACAAUGGCUUAAAUGAUUAAGAGAAAUUAACAUUUUAUUGAUUUAUGAGGUGGAGGUAUUAAUAUUUAACAGCUGUGGAAGUGUGGACUAAGGACAAGGGUACAGUCAGCAUGAUCAGCAUCAAAUAGAUAGUGACGGCCAAAGUGGCCGAAUAUAUCGCAACACACCUUUGUUACCAUAUAAGUAAGUAAUAAACUGUAACAUUUGGUUUUAUUUGUGAUAUUUGUUAAAUAUAUCAAUUUGACUAUUAGGUACAUUCAACUGAUGUGACCUAUUCAUAUAAUUUAAACAACUAAGUCAUCACAGUGUAGGAGGAACACCACAAAAACGUAUAAAUUGAAAAUAAUUAUAAUAGAGUAGCUGGUAAUGUUGGUAUUUGUAUGUAUCUCGUUGCCAGCCUUGUUUUCGAAGGAUAUUCUGCUCUCAUAAGCCAAUUAGCAAUUAGCGGUAUUGGUGACUUGUUAUAAAACAAAAUGGUAAUAUAAAAUUGUUUAUUGUGUACAAUUUGUACAAUCUACGUAUUUUGUUUACAAA